GGUUUUUUCAGGUGGAUGUCACAGCGGCUGCCAAACGGUCUGUCAAACAAGUCUAAAGUUGGAGGACGGGAGAGGAGGAUGAAUUCAGUGAUGAGAAUACGGCAGCUGGAAGAAACGCGCGGUGUGUGUGGAGCCUGUAUUGCAGAAUGAUGACCGGACGUUGUAUUUUUGGCGGAUAUCAGGCAGCAGCGGCGGCAGCGGGGAGGCUGCUGUGAGGCGGAGGAGCGGGCUAACUGUCCCUCUAGCUGCUGCUAGCCAGUUAGCGAGCGAGUUAGCAUUAUGCGUUCUGCUACUGUUCGCAUGGUGUGUCUGCUUUGAAACGUUGGCCAGCUCCCCCCGAGUUUGACUGCAGGCCAGAAGAUCCAGAAGAGUCUGGUUCUCCUGAGGAGGACAUCAUGGACUACAAGGACAAAGUACAGAUGAGGCAUAACCCUCGCAGACAGCUGAAGAAGCUGAGCGAGGACAGUCUCACCAAGCAGCCAGAGGAAGUCUUUGAUGUCCUGGAGAAGCUGGGUGAAGGGUCUUACGGCUGCGUAUUUAAGGCUCAUUAUAAAGAAACAGGGGAGAUCGUAGCCAUCAAACAAGUUCCUGUGGAGUCCGAUCUGCAAGAGAUCAUCAAGGAGAUCUCCAUCAUGCAGCAGUGUAACAGUCCCCACGUGGUGCGCUACUACGGCAGCUACUUCAAAAACACAGACCUGUGGAUCGUCAUGGAAUAUUGUGGCGCUGGGUCCGUCUCUGAUAUCAUCCGAAUACGUAACAAGACGCUCAGAGAAGAGGAGAUAGCCACCAUCCUUCAGUCCACUCUGAAGGGUCUGGAGUAUCUUCACUUCAUGAGGAAGAUCCACAGAGACAUCAAAGCGGGCAACAUCCUGCUGAACACGGAGGGUCAGGCCAAACUGGCCGACUUUGGAGUUGCUGGACAGCUCACAGACACGAUGGCGAAACGAAACACUGUCAUCGGCACGCCGUUCUGGAUGGCUCCAGAAGUCAUACAGGAGAUCGGAUAUAACUGUGUGGCAGAUAUCUGGUCUCUGGGAAUUACAGCUAUAGAAAUGGCCAUCUUCAUGAUUCCCACAAACCCUCCCCCAACCUUUCGGAACCCGGAUCUGUGGUCUCCGGGCUUCCGGGACUUUGUCAGCCAGUGUUUAGUGAAGAACCCAGAAAACAGAGCGACGGCCACACAGCUGUUACAGCAUCCGUUUAUUAAAUCGGCCAAGCCCAAUUCCAUCCUCAGAGCUUUGAUCACGGACGCCAUGGAGAUCAAACUGAAGAGACAGGAGGAAGAACAAAGAGAGCAGGAUGCAGACGACGAUGAGAAUUCGGCCAGCGGGAUUAUGACAGAGAAUUGA